AUGGCUUGGACAGCCCUGCUGCACACCUGCCAAAGAAAACCCCAACAGUGGGCGGCGGCGGGGCCGCUGGUGCGGCGGUACGAGGGGGCGGCGCGGGGCCGCGGCGUGGCGGCGGCCGGCUGGCGCGUCUGCCUGGCGCACCGCUUCGAGGAGCCGCGGCAGCCCUACGGCGCCGCCGACGUGCCGCUCCGCGACGUCCUGCGGCACAUCGGCCUCGCCUUGCGAUACUUCAGGUGGUGGUACAAGAAGACCCGCAUAGAGAAGAAAUCUGCCUUCAUUGACCUCUUGUGUGCUGUUCCUCUGCAGCAGAUCUAUGGGUGCCCGCUGGGCGGGAUCGGGGGAGGCACCAUCACCCGUGGCUGGCGGGGCGAGUUCUGCCGCUGGCAGCUGAACCCUGGCAUUUAUCACUACGAAACGGUCAUCGCUGACCAGUUCACGGUGUGCCUGCGUUGCAAGGGGCAGACAGUUUACCAGCAGGUCCUGUCUGUGGAGAGACCCAGCACUCUGCAGGGCUGGAACUGGGGCUUCUGUGGCCACUACGCCUUCUACCAUGCCCUGUACCCCCGUGCCUGGAUGGUCUACGAGCUCCCGGGGCAAAACGUGGUGCUCACUUGCCGCCAGGUCUCUCCCGUCAUCCCCCAUGACUAUAAGGACUCCAGCCUGCCAGUGGGAGUGUUCAUCUGGGAGGUGGAGAACGGGAGGGACGAGGAUGUGGAUGUCUCCAUCAUGUUCAGCCUGCAGAAUGGCAUGGGAACGAAGGAGGACAGGGGCGGAGGGCACUGGAACGAGCCCUUUGCCUUCGAGAAGGAGGGCGAGCGGGUUGCUGGAGUCCUGCUGCACCAUUGCACACGUGUGAACCCCUUCACCCUUGCCAUCUCCGCCCGGGAGAAGGCUGGCACGGAAGUCACCCACUUCACGGCAUUCAAUCCCGUGGGAUCGGGUAGAGAGGUGUGGCAGGACCUCUUGCAAGACGGCCGGCUGCAUUCCCCCAGUGGUAACAGCAGCCCAACGGAGAAGGGGGAGCUGACAGCAGCAGCGGUGUGUGCCAGCUGCAGAGUGCCUGCCCAGGGUCACAGGACACUGGAGAUGGCCCUGGCUUGGGACAUGCCCCGUGUUCACUUUGGCUCCAAGGAGAAGCUGCACCUCAGGCGGUACACCCGGUUUUUUGGCAGUGGAGGUGAUGCUGCUCCUGCCCUGUCACAUCACGCCCUGACGCACUAUGAGGAGUGGGAAAGGAAGAUCGAAGCAUGGCAGAAGCCCAUCCUGGAGAAUAGCCAGCUGCCUUCCUGGUACAAGUCGGCCCUCUUCAAUGAGCUGUACUUCGUGACAGAUGGGGGGACCAUCUGGGUGGAGCUGCCCCCGGACUGCUGUACCGAGGACCUGCAGGGGCCGGCGGGGGCUGGCCUCUCCCACCUCCUCCCUGUCCUGCGGGAGUACGGAAGGUUUGCUUAUUUGGAAGGCCAGGAGUACCGGAUGUACAACACCUACGAUGUCCACUUCUACGCCUCCUUUGCUCUCGUCAUGCUGUGGCCCAAGCUGCAGAUCAGCCUGCAGUAUGACAUUGCUGUCACAGUAGUGAACGAAGACGUCCAGCCCCGGCAGUACUUGAUGUGUGGUCAGACAGCACAGGUGAAGCUGAAGAACGUGGUGCCACAUGACAUUGGGGACCCAGGUGACGAGCCGUGGCAGCGUGUCAAUGCCUACCUGAUGCACGACACGGCUGACUGGAAGGACCUCAACCUGAAGUUUGUGCUGCAGGUGUACCGCGACUACUAUCUGACACAUGACUCCCUGUACUUGCGGGACAUGUGGCCAGUCUGCCAGGCUGUGAUGGAGUCGGAGAUGAAGUUUGAUACGGAUAAUGAUGGGCUCAUUGAAAACGGUGGCUUUGCUGACCAGACAUACGAUGCAUGGGUGGUAAAUGGAGCCAGUGCGUACUGCGGCGGGCUGUGGCUGGCAGCUGUCUGCAUGAUGUGCAAGAUGGCAGAGGUGCUUGGGGACACUGAGGUCCGGCAGAAAUACACAGCCAUCCUGAGCAAGGGCAAGGAGGCAUUUGAGAGGAUGCUCUGGAAUGGAAAAUACUAUAAUUAUGACAGCAGUGGGAAUGACACCUCUAGCAGCAUCAUGUCAGACCAGUGUGCCGGGCAGUGGUUUCUCGGGGCUUGUGGUCUGGACCAAGGGGAGUUUGAGGUCUUCCCCAAGAGUCAUGUUGUCAGUGCGCUCAAGACCAUCUUUGAGAAGAAUGUCAUGAGCUUUGCUGGUGGUACCAUGGGAGCGGUGAAUGGCAUGAGACCCAAUGGGGUGCCCGACACCUCCAGCGUGCAGUCCGACGAGGUGUGGAUCGGUGUGGUCUAUGCCUUGGCUGCCACCAUGAUCCAGGAGGGACUGGUGGAGGAAGGCUUUCGUACGGCGGAGGGCUGCUACCGGACGGUUUGGGAACGGCUAGGCAUGGCUUUCCAGACACCGGAGGCUUAUCGGGAGAAGAAAGUCUACCGCUCGCUGGCUUACAUGCGGCCACUUAGCAUCUGGAGCAUGCAGCUGGCCCUGGAGCGCAGAGCCGGCCAGGUGCCAGCACCUGGGCAGCCCCCCCAAGUCCCCAUCCACCCUUGAGCCUGGUGGCACUGAGCAGGGCAGUGGGUGCACCAGGGGGCUGGGGGGGG